UAAAUUGAAUAGAAAUAUAAUAUAAUUAGUGGAAAUUUAGACUAACAAUGUCGUAACGUAAGUGGGAAUAAAUUUCACAAUCUUAAGUCUAAAUUAGUCACUUAAUUACUUGACAACAUAUAUAACGUAAGAUGAAAACAACUAAAAAAACAAAAAUAAUGAAGGAUUUAAAUAUAAUUCGAAGAAAAAAUUCGACUACGAAGCAAACAAACCAUAAUUAUUUGGAUACGAGAAGCAGCUUGGAACUCUAUGGAAAGUUGUAAGAAAAUUCAAGGACUAAAAUUAUGAAACAAAGGACGAGAAAGAUAGAAUGAUCAUAUAACAUCACAUGAUCAUGGGUGUAGCUAGAACAAUGGGAAGCAGAUAUUGCUACCUUGAAUAGAACCAGAAGUGUUGCUAUUGGACUGUGGUUGAACAUGCAAAUGUAAGUUGGAUUUGUAAAUUCCUUUUGGGUUUGAGGCCAAUGGCAAAAGCUCUAAUGAGCUGCAAUCUUGGUGAUGGUCAAAAGGCAAGUUUCUGGUUUGAUAAUUGGUCUCCUCUUGGAGUUCUAUGGGAUAUUUUUGGUAAUACUGGUCCGUGUCGCCUGGGUAUUCCUCUUCAAUCUACUGUUGCAGAUGUUUGUGGGGAUUUCGGCUGGAUUCUUCCCUCUGCAAGAUCAAGGAACGUAAAUGUUAUUGAUCUCCGGAAUCAGUUACUUGCGACUACUCCUCCCAGCCCCUCUAGGGGUCCUGAUUGUUACUCUUGGGGUUUAGCAAACCAGAAGAAAUCACAUAUCUCUACUAAGUACACCUGGAACUUCUUUCGGCCCGCUCAAGACAGGAAAUAUUGGUAUCCAGCAGUGUGGUUUAAAAACUCUGUUCCUAAGCAGGCUUUCACCUUCUGGAUUGCAACACUGGAUAGACUUCCAGUCAGGUCAAGACUUGCUAGUUGGGGACUAAACACUAGUCCUCUAUGCUGCCUUUGCAAUAUGCAUGACGAGUCAAGAGACCAUUUACUCCUCCAUUGCACUAUCUCGGAACAAGUUUGGUUUCUGGUUCUCCAUAGACUUGGUCUGCCGCCUUGUUCCUUUGUUGAUUGAUCUACUGUCAUCUCAUGGCCGAAAUUGCUAAGUGUGCUAGUUCUAUACGUUUGUAUGAUGAGAGAGUGUAGCGAGUUCGUUUGUGCAUAAAGUAAAUGAGACACAAGAGAUUUGUUAACGGGGUUCGGUUAACCUACAUCCCCGGGACCAAGUCCAGAAACCAUUCACUAGAAAAGGCCGCAACCUACAAUUGCUAUAUGGUAUCCACCACUCUUUUCUAGAAUUACAAUGAAAGAAAACUACUACUCCUAUUGUCUUUUCCGACGAGUAUAGCUUCUCAACAAAACCAUCAAAAGAUCUCUCUAUCUUGUUGAUGGGGCGACGUCACACACACAUGUGUGCCUCUCUCGAUAAACCCUAGACGCGCGAGUCUUCAUGUUGCCGUCUCUUGGUAUUUAUAUCAAGUGCCAAAAACCCUAGACAACUUAAGCCACGCUUCAAGUCUCUACAAGAGAUUGGGCUUAACUUGAACAAUGGCCCACGACCAACGUGGCCGUAACAUAACAUUAUGAAAGACUAAAUCUCGUUAUGAUCUUUCGUUCCAACAGCUUCACACCUGUUCCAACAGCUUCAC